AUGGACAGAAGUUCCAUUGAUAGAAGUAAAAGUGUGAUAAUAGACGCCAAAACAGGUGCCGAAGCCGAGUCCGGCCGGAAGCUACCAUCUUCGAGAUACAAAGGAGUAGUCCCUCAGCCUAAUGGCCGGUGGGGAGCACAAGUGUAUGAAAAGCAUCAAAGAGUUUGGUUAGGCACUUUCAAUGAAGAAGAAGAGGCUGCUAGAGCCUACGAUAUUGCUGCACUGAAGUUUCGUGGAGGCGAUGCCGUCACAAACUUUAAACCACUGUGCGAAACUAAGGAAGACGAAAUUGAAACAGCCUUCUUGAAUGCACAUUCCAAGGUUGAAAUUGUCGACAUGCUUCGCAAACAUACAUACAAUGACGAGCUUGAACAAAGCAAGAGAAGAAACUAUGGUAGCCGAGAUUGGAAUUGGAAACGGGAUGCCGGGAUUUGCAUCUCAUUUGGUGAUGCUAGAGCCCGAAAUGCCCGAGAACUUCUCUUCGAGAAGGCCGUAACCCGUAGUGACGUCGGGAAGCUAAACCGUCUAGUUAUACCAAAGCAGCACGCAGAAAAGCACUUCCCUUCGCAAAGUGGAAACAAUUCUAAAGGUUUGGUAUUGAGUUUUAAAGACAUGGAUGGUAAAGUAUGGAGAUUUCGAUAUUCUUAUUGGAAUAGUAGCCAGAGUUAUGUGCUAACAAAAGGGUGGAGCCGGUUUGUGAAGGAGAAAGGCCUGAGGGCCGGUGACAUUGUGAGUUUUCAUUGUUCGACCGGGCCAGAUAGGCAGCUUUACAUCGACUCAAAGGUGAGGAAUGGAUCGACUGCCGGGAUAUCGAGCCAGCCAGUUCCCAUGGUAAGACUUUUUGGAGUGAACAUAUUUGAAUUACCAAGUAAUGGUAGUUGCUAUGGUGAUAAGAGGUUGAGAGAAAUAGAGGUUUGGACAUUACAGUCCAGUAGCAAGAAACAAAAGGUAAUUGAUGCCUUGUAA